ACGUUUGUAGCUGAAGCGAGCUAGUAACAGAAAACAUAAUCCCACAAAUUUAUAGAUGGUGAUGGUAUGAAAAAUUUCAAAGAAACAAACGGAUCCAACGGUUCUUAUUUCAAUUGAAACGGAUUCAGGUACCUCUUUCACUUUCCCGCCACUUCAUUCCCAUUGAGCACUUGUUUUUACAAGCAAAGUCACAGCCUUGAAUAUUAAUCCAACUACUCCUGUUUAUUUUUUCAAUGAUUGCUUCACUGAUCAUAGCAAAGAGAGAAGACCCAGAACGCGUUUUUGGUUUUUUUAGUGAAAAUUAGAUCUCUCUGAAUCAAUAAUUUCGGACUCGAAGUAAUUAUUCGAAUAUGCACGAGAGGUGUAUGAGGAAAUGAUUGUUAGAGGUGCAUUUUCCUAAGUGGGGUCUAUUUGAUUCAGUGUUUGAACACCACGAAUAACAAGUUGUUUUGCUGCAUAAAUGGUUCUGAUUUUUUGAAACUGUAUGAGGAUAUGAUUCACCUGGAUUUUAGAACAUGGAGCACCAUAAUCAGGAACUAUUGUGUAGAAUCCAGGCACAAUGAAGCUUUGUCUAUUUUCCUUCAAAAUGUACGAUGUUCGUCAGGCUACAAACCUGAUCACCAAGUCUUUGCAGCCAUUCUUAAAUCCUGCACUGCCCUCUUGGCUAUCAAAUUGGGGAAGGUUCUUCAUGGUCAUGUUGUGAAGCAGGGUCAUCUUUCCUGCCACUCUGUGUCUAAAGCUUUGCUUAACUUGUACGCCAAAUGUGGUGAGCUUGAUGAUUGUCAGAAACUUUUUGGUCAGAUGGGUAACUCUGAUCCUGUCAAUUGGAACAUUGUACUGUCUGGAUUUUCCGGUUCCCGAAUAUGUGAUGCUGAGGUGAUGAAAUUGUUUUUUGCAAUGCACUCAGGUGGCGAGGCUAAACCUAACCCUAUCACUAUUGCAAUCACUCUACCUGUGUGUGCUCGCUUACUGAAUUUAUAUGCAGGGAAGAGUGUGCACUCUUAUGUGAUUAAAUCUGGAUGGGAAACAGAUACCCUUGUUGGGAAUUCGUUGGUAUCAUUGUAUGCAAAAUGCGGGCUAGCAUGCAAGGAUGCAUAUGCUGUGUUUACUAGCAUCAAUCACAAAGAUGUUGUUUCGUGGAAUGCAAUUAUUGCAGGGUUUGUCGAGAAUAAGAUCAUGGUUGAUGCGCUCGAAUUGUUCAGAUGGAUGUUGAAAGGACCAAUAGAACCGAAUUAUGCAACAAUUGCAAAUAUUCUGCCUGUUUGUGCCUUUUUAGAUAAGGAUGUUCCCUACUGCUUUGGUAGAGAGAUACAUUGUUAUGUACAGCGGCGGACUGAAUUGCUAGCAGAUGUUUCUGUCUGCAAUGCUUUAGUGAGCUUCUACUUAAGAGUUGGAUGGAUGGAAGAAGCGGAGUCGUUGUUCCGGAAUAUGAUAUCAAGAGAUUUGGUUUCAUGGAAUGCCAUAAUCGCAGGAUAUGCAUCACAUGGUGAGUGGUUGAAAGCUUUGGACCUGUUUCGUGAAUUACUCUCUUUAGAGGUGACUGGGCCAGAUUCUGUAACUGUUGUUAGCAUUCUUCCUGCUUGUGCACACUUACAAAAUCUACAUGUGGGGAAAGAGAUUCAUGGUUAUAUUCUUCGACAUCCUUACCUAUGUGAGGAUACAACAGUGGGCAAUGCCCUAGUUAGUUUCUAUGCAAAAUGCAACCACAUAAAAGCAGCAUUUCAGACAUUUUUGAUGAAUUCUGAGAGAGACUUGAUAUCAUGGAAUUCUAUGCUAGAUGCCACAGUAGGGAGUGAGUAUGAUACUCAAUUUCUGGGCCUAUUAAACUGGAUGCUCAGUGAAGGAAUUAAACCUGAUUCCAUUACUAUCUUGACCAUAAUUCAUUUUUGUACUUCUGUAUUUAGAGUAGACAAGGUUAAGGAAACACAUUGCUAUUCAAUUAAGGCUAGUUUAUUACAAGGUGAUGUUGAACCUACCGUUGGAAACGCAUUGCUUGAUGCAUAUGCCAAGUGUGGUAACAUAGAAUAUGCAUUCAAGAUUUUCCAAAGUUUGUCAGAGAAAAGGAAUUUGAUCACAUGCAACUCUAUGAUCUCAGGUUAUGUCAUUUGUGGAUUACAUGAUGAUGCAUAUAAGAUUUUUAAUGGGAUGUCUGAUGCAGAUCUCACCACCUGGAAUCUAAUGGUUCGAGCUUAUGCAGAAAAUGAUUCUCCUGUUCAAGCUCUCAAUGUGCUUCAGGAGUUACAAGCUCGAGGAAUGAAGCCUGAUGCAGUGACAAUCAUGAGCUUCCUUCCAGUAUGUGCGCAAAUGUCCUCAGGUCACUUUCUGAAGCAGUGUCACGGAUAUGCAGUUAGAGCUUGUUUUGUGGAUGUCCACUUGAAGGGAACUUUGUUAGAUGCAUAUGCAAAAUGUGGUGCUAUAAAGUAUGCUUAUAAGCUUUUUCAGUCAAGCUCCCAUAAGGAUCUGGUUAUGUUUACAGCUAUGGUUAGUGGGUAUGCCAUGCAUGGUAUGGGAGAGGAAGCACUUAUGGUUUUCUCUAAUAUGCUUGAGUUAUGUGUAAAGCCUGAUCAUGUUAUCAUCACUGCUGUUUUAUCUGCUUGUAGUCAUUCUGGCCUAGUAAAUGAAGGGUUAAAGAUAUUCAAUUCAAUAGAGAAUAUCCAUGGGUUAAAGCCAACAAUGGAACAGUAUGCCUGUGUGGUGGAUCUCCUCGCUCGAGGUGGAAAGGUAGAAGAUGCAUAUUCUUUUGUGGCUAGGAUGCCCAUUGAAGCUAAUGCAACUGUGUGGGGGACACUGCUAGGUGCCUGUAGGACUCAUCAUGAGGUGGAACUGGGCCGUCUUGUGGCAGAUCGUCUUUUUGAAAUUGAGGCUGACAAUAUUGGGAACUAUGUGGUGAUGUCAAACCUGUAUGCAGCAGAUGCUAGAUGGGAUGGGGUCAUAGAAGUAAGAAAGCUUAUGAGGACUCGAGAUCUGAAAAAGCCAGCAGGAUGCAGCUGGAUUGAAGUGGAGAGGCGGGAAAAUGUUUUUAUUGCUGGGGACUCUUCUCACCCACAAAGAAGCCUCAUAUACACUACAUUGAGCACAUUAGAUCAACAGAUCAAGGAGCGGAUUCAUUUUUGAGUCACUUAUGGGUUCAGUUAUGGCAUAUGUGGUGUCAUAACUCAUAAGGCAGGUGGAAUUACUUUGCAAAUGAGCUCAGACAUGAUUCCCUGCAGCUUUUUGAGGCAGAAUUCCUGUGUGGCUUUUGGGUGCAGAUGCAUCACUUUACUUGAGUGACUCCACUCCAUUGACAAUACUGAUUGACUCUUCUACUACAGUCAUACUCGGUUUAGUUAUGUCCAACUUUUUCCACAAAUGUGAGUUUCAAAUUUCAGGUAAGCUUUUGAAGACCUUGUGUGACUGCCUGCUUCAGCUUAAUCGCUGGGAUCACUCUGCAUCCCUAUGGAUGAGAAGGAUAAUGUCAAAUCAUUUCGUUGAAAGUUCUCAGGGGUAUCCCUUCAGUUGCACACCUUGGCAGAAUACCAAAUCGGGUUCUUGGCAUUCCAUUUGUGGGAAGUUGGGAAAGAUGAAUGAACUACAAAGUUAAGGCAUAAUCAAACAAUUUCUUUUGUUAUGAUGUAUGCUCACCAAACAUGGUUUCACACAUACAUGAAGUGCAUUAUCCUCAGUCCUCACACUUUCUAAACUCCACUUUCCUGUCCUUUUACACUUGUCCAUGUGCUCUUUUUGGGUAAGACGUUUUAGCAAAUAUGAAAUACACCCUUCUUACAGGAUAUACCAAAAUUUGUUAAAUACUAACCUUUUUGUUAUAUAAUUGACUUCAUAGUUAUAGCUGCUCCCACAUUUUCUUUUAAAUGCAGUCCAAAUACAUAUUUUUUCAGUUUUUUACCAUCUGUUAUUCUGCUUGUUAUUGCUCUCUUAGGAAUAUGCUAUGUUAGAAUUAUUGUUAAAUGAUUAAAUUCACCGUUUCCUAAUAGUUUAAGUUUUUGGAAUAAUCGGUAAUUUAUCAUCAUAUCAAAGUAGGAGGUUUUGAGUUUGAUCUCUUACUCCACACUCCUUCCAUUUAAAUUGUUAAAAAUACCACGUGUUGGACCUCACUUAUUAAGGGAGAAUUUAGGCUCAAACAUGAGGGGGAGUGUUAGAAUUAUGACUAAAUAAUUAAAUUCAUCAUUUCCUGAUAGCUUAAUCUUUUAGGACAAUCUGAAAUUUAUUAUGCUAAAUUGAAAGUGUUGGCAAGGUUUGAAUGUGUUAAUUUUGAAUGAUUGCUAAGCUUGAGAUCAUCACAACAAGAUCUGAAUGCAGGCAACGGAAAACUGAUCAUGCCUCUAUCCAAAGUAAUUCAACAUGGGGCUGGCUGCAGGAAUUUUAAUGUACACUUGAUCUAGAGCUAUAAAUCUAAAGCCUACAAAAUACAAAUUCCUCUAAAAUCUGCAUUGGAGAUUUGGAGGUCCAAACUUUAACUCCAUUUUUAUUUUCAAACAUAUGCCCUAAGUUGUCCUAUUUUUCUUAACAAAAAGUUAGUUUUUAUGCCUAUUGCUGUUGGGAAAAAAUAAAUUUAUUAAGAUAGAUUUUGGUCAAAUUAAAAAUCAAGUAAGAGUAAAAGAUGAUUAGUUUCCAAAAGAGAACCACCCCCCCUAGAAAAAAGAAAAAGAGGAGGGAUUUAGAAGUUAUUCUUCUUUUCGAAAGAUGUACUCUAUAUGGUGACAUGAUGUUCUGUAGUUUGAAGCUGCCAAAAACAAAGGUCUUAACAAGAUCAGCUGCAUUGUCAAAAUUUUGGUUUCUCACUUGUGUUUGGAGAUGUUAGAGGGCACAAGGUAAGCAACUUUGGUUCAGUGUAUCCUGGUCAGGACCGUGGUGAUGAAUGCAAAUAAAUUGCAGCUCUUUGAUGGCUUUCUCUUCUUGGCUAUUCAAUUCAGGUAUUGCUGAUUCUUUAUUCUUUUCCUCUUCCAAGAUGGAAAGCUUUGAGAACAUUGUAGAAGGGAUCAUGGCGCUUGGAAGAAAACCAGAGUUCCCUGAUUUGAUGGGGGAGAAGCUAUGCUGGUCACUUGAUCCAGUUAAUGUACCAGGUUUAAAUGGGCAAGUGGGUUUAACUAUCUCAAGCUUGGGCCUAGAGUAUUGCCUUCUCUUGGGUGAUGGCCUUUUUUACACCCAUGACCUUUGUUGCUGCCCCUUCUUGUGCUGCAUUAGUUUCUGAUGGGCCUGUUAAGUGCUGUACUACCUUUUGGAAAAUUGUGCGUCUGUUAGUACAGAUGUGGUUAAAGGUUUACAACAGGCUGUUCCCCUGAUUAUCCAUGGAUGUCUAUUUCAUUUGACAAGCUUUUCAUCUCUAUCAGGCUCUGACCUGCAAUAGAGACCCAUUUAUAAACUGGUUUGUGUUCUCAUUCUGAUAGCAUCAUUGUAGAUAGGAGUUUGACAUCUCAAGCUGAUUUGAAUGAUUAUAUGACCUAGUGAUUUAGCAAGCAAAACAUAUAUAAUUCAACAAUGUUGCUUAUUAAUCAAUACAGGACAUAUGUUUCUUUUGAUCUCCUGUAGUUCUCGGUAGCUAUCUGCUAAACUUAUUAAAUUCACCAAGUGUGUCUUUUGGUGGUGGUGGUGGUGGUGUUGUUGUUGUUGUUGUUGUUGUUGUUUUUUUUUUUUUUUUUUUUUUGGAGUGACAGUUUAUUGCUUUUAUGGGGAAAAAGUGAGACAAAAAGCAAAACAGUAAAAAGAUUUUUCCUUGUGUAUAGUUAACUUUCCAAGGUCACAUUAUUGAAUUUCAUUAGGGAACCUAAAAUAUAACAUAUAAGAAACUGUAUCUAAGUUUUCCCUUGUGUAAAUUAUUUAACGAGUCAUGUGAUUAAAAUAUACAUUGAUAAUUGUCAUAUAAUGGGUUGGAAAAGAUUCUUCCAAACAGAUUUGGAGAAAAAUUUUGUCAAUUUUUUUUAUUGGUAAGUUACACAGACCUAACAAGUCUUCUUGAACUCACAACCUCACCCUCCAUCUAGCACUUAAAAAGGAAAGGAGGUGUCAGUUGAGCUGGAGUUGGUUGGCAGUAAUUUUGUCCAUUGAAAAGUACAGAGUUGAUGCAGAGUAUAUAUAAUUGAAGGAGAGUAGAAUAUGGUUUUAUUUGUUGGAGGUUUAACAAGGUCUUAUGGUUUAAAAUAUGUGUGCAGUUGAAGGUCUUUAGGAAGACACUCAUGAAAUCACUUCAAGAAGAUGAAAAUUCUGCAGGACCUCCAGAUGUUGUUUCUAAUGUACAAAGCCAUUCAAGUUUAUCUUCUGCAUUGCAGAUCGCAGUGACUUGUCAAAUAUUAAAGUGAAAUGUUUGGUUCAAAUUAUGGUAUAUGUAAUUCCAUCCAUACAACUAUUAAUCUGAAGGAGGCUGUCUAUUUUGUUUGAGAAGAUUAUGCCACAGUUCCACCUCCUAGAUUCCCUUCAGUCCGGAGUGAGAUGUCUGAAGUAGGAAAUUCAUAUGUGGAGGAUCAUGCGACAGAUGCUUUAAGACCUCAUAUAUCACAUGGCCUCCUGUUAGCAUCCCAAACUAGCACACCUCGGCUUACUCCUCCAGGUUCCUCUCCUAGCCUCUCUGCGUUGGUGUCCCCAAUGUGAACAUCUAAACCUCUGUCCCCAAGGCAAUAUUCAAUGUCAUUUUCAUCAUCAAGAGGCCUAUCUGAUGAUCGGUCUUCAAUGUUUUCUUCUAUGUUCUCAAGCCAUCACAGUUCAGUAUUAAGCUCUGAUUCAGGAUGACAAACUGGAUGAAAGUGGGUUGAUGGGAAAGAGUUCUUCUGCCAAGUAAGCUAAAGACAGUUUUUAGAUCCAAAUGGUGGAAGUAACUUUUCAAAAAACAUCUUUCUAAAUUAUGCAAAAAUCAAGAAUUCAUACAAUGAAUACACACAUCCAAUAUGGCUAAAAUGGUGCUUCUUUUGUCGAUGAAAUUCCAUGAGUGCUAUAUUUUGCAGCUUACUUGCAAUCCUGAGGUGGACCAAACUUUUAAGCCCUCUUGUAACUUGAACAUUUUUAUUUAAAGAAGAGGUCUGGAUAUAGGGGAUAACAUUUAUUUAUACUAUUGCCAAAAGCAAUAGCAGUCCUGGAACCCAAAAUUUAAAAAUUUUUGUGCUUAUGAUUUGGUUCUUGGCUUCUUGCCAUUGAGCUGUAGCUCAAAUGGUACACCCUCCCCUUAAAAGAGUAAUGUUAAGGGGGAAGUGGGUUCAAGACCCAAUGGGUUUGUGUGUAAGUUAUCAAUAAAAGAAAAAGGUUAUUGGCUUUUCAAAUGAAGCAGUUGUUCAUCUGAUCCCUUCUCUUCUUGUCAUCAAGAGCCGUUUGUCUUGUGAUCAUUUUGGUGCCUUUCUAGCCAAUGUUAAGGAAUUGAAUGCCCACAAGCAAACCAAAGAGGUAGAUUCUCUCUCUCCCUCCUUUAUUUUAUUUUCUCUCUCUCUCUCUCUCUCUCUCUCUUUGUAGUGUCCAACAUCUAUUUAUAUUUCUGGAGACUCUACAGAAGACUGAUAUUUGACCAAGAGAACAAGGACCUUUAUGCUAUAUUUGAGGGAUUGAUUACUCGCAAUGUCCACUGAAAUUGUGUAACGCUAAUGCUGGAAUUGUAAUUACAGCUUGUAAGCAUUGUUGUAUAUUACUAACUUACUAUAUAGUUUCUUUAGCAGUUUCCACUCUAUAGUAGAAGUUAAUUCAAAGUGUAAUGCAUUCUUUGAACUCCUGUUCAAUUGCGUAUUAGGUUGUGAAUU